AAUUGGGUUCAUAGCCAAAUUUAUGACUUUCAACUGUCACCAACCUUACAUUUUGCUAUAUAAACCCUAAGAAACUCAUUAGAAACCUCAACAACAUACAAGACGUUCCAUAGAAUCUAGAGAAAAAAGAGAGGAGAGAGAGAGAGAGAGAUGUCGAGAGUUUUAUCAGUCGUUUGUGUCCUGCUCGCUAUGUCGUUCAUCUAUGCACGUGCUCGUCAUGUGCCGGGAGUGUCUGAUGAGGGCACGACGUCGACACAUGACGAUACAGCAACAAUGCCCAUGCAUGCAAAAGCAGCUGAUCAGUUACCACCAAAGAGCCUCGGCGACAAAAAAUGCAUCGGAGGAGUCGCUGGAGUCGGUGGAUUCGCCGGUGUUGGUGGUGUUGCCGGCGUGGGAGGUCUAGGGAUGCCACUUAUCGGUGGUCUAGGUGGGAUCGGUAAAUAUGGUGGGAUAGGCGGUGCAGCUGGAAUCGGUGGAUUUCACGGUAUAGGCGGCGGGUUAGGCGGAGUAGGAGGCGGUGUAGGCGGCCUAGGUGGUGUAGGAGGCGGCGUUGGCGGUCUUGGUGGAGCAGGAGGUGGUUUAGGCGGUGUUGGCGGUGGUAUUGGUAAAGCAGGUGGUAUUGGUGGUUUAGGCGGUCUAGGUGGAGUUGGAGGUGGUGGUAUCGGCAAGGCAGGUGGUAUCGGUGUUGGUGGUGGUAUUGGAGGUGGACACGGAGUGGUCGGUGGUAUACUUGAUCCACAUCCCUGAUGAAGAAGAUAUAAAGCAAUUAGUAGAGAGAGAGCAUUUGUUGAUUAUGGUUUGGUUAAGGAAUAAUUAUUUAGGUCGGAUGUUAUUGUUGUUGUUUUUAUAAUUAGGUGAUCAUUAGUGUGACAUGUGAUCUAUUCUCUCGUUUCGGUUUUGAUUUUGUAAUGUUUGCUUCGAUGUCGGGUCUUACGUACGUUAUGUAAGGUGUAACUCUCUUGUGUUAAUCGUUUUGGUUUAUGAUGUUCUCUCCUUUCCUA